AAACUAUUAGCCCGCAUUUCUUGUUGUUUUAGUCCUAUUCAAUAUGGCUAUCAUGUUUCUCGUAUACCUUACGCUGAUUAUCGAGUCAAUGAACUUACACCGAUAUUUAUUGGAAUGAAGGAAAAUAGCUUGGAACCUAAAUCUCGAGUCCUUCGCAAAAGAUAUGGGAUCAAGAUCGAGUUCCAUCAAGCGGGAAUGCUAGGUUUGUAUAUCAUAACGCUAUUUUUGCUGCAUGGGUAUGCAUGUACCUGUGGUAUGAAGUCGCUCAAAUUCGUCAGGACAAAUUAUACUGGGCCGAAAGUAUACGAAGCACUGUUUCUUAUCCUGCAUUUGAUUAUAGUGAAUAAAUAGUGAAGAACCGGCCUUUACACUCCAUACCAUGAAUAAGCCUUGAAAUUUGGAAUUCAUAAAAUUGAGUAUUUCAAACGCAACUAACUUGUUCAUUUGAUGAUUAUUUGGUCUAUUAGUACUUAUUCUCCUGAAUAAAAAAUCCGCGUUUUAGAAAAUUAUUAUUUGGACCGAAAUUCCUGAAUACUAUUUUUUAUCUAAAUAUUUCUUCUUUUAUUUCUUACAAAGUCAUCUUAAAUUAUGAAGAGUAAGUGUUAGGCAAAUGAGAAUAAUGAAAAAAUAAUAAAUUAAUGUGAAGCUGCCUCAAACAAACGUUAAAAUUCUUAAUGUGCCACACAUUUUCGCGGUUGUUUCUUGACUAACGGAUGAUGUAAAUGAUUGGCGAGGCGAUACUACUUUCUGACCAUUGUUUUGGACUUUAAAUGACUUAAUAUAGAAGAAGAGAUUCACACGUUCGAGAGGGAGGGUAUUGUCAAGAGAGGAAAAGUGCACGAGAGAUACCAAGGGAGCAAUAUUUUAAACAAUCACGAACAAGUUGAAACUUGGGAUUUUGAAUGCAUAUUUUGAAACAAAAAUAAGGAGAGAUAUUCCUUAGAUGGUGAACUACAGCAUGACUUCGACGUGGUGGUCUAGGCGCGUCGAAGCAUAAUGCAUAUACAUGCAUCUUUUUCUUUGUUUUCAUCAUUUAUAGGUUGUUUAUAUAUAUUGUAGUCAUUUUUGUCCAUGCUAAAUGAUUCAAGCAUUUCAGAUCUUACAUGUGUUAAGUUCUUAAUUUAUAUAUAUAUAUAUAUAUAUAUAUAUAUAUAUAUAUAUAUAUAUAUAUAUAUAUAUAUAUAUGUUUUUUUCAUGCAUCUUUUUGUUCAUCCUGUUUGUGAAUUUACAUGUUUGUUUAGCAUAGACCUGCUGGGUACAUUGAAAUUUUAGUUUUACCUGAAAAAAUCACCUGUCGUUCUAUUUUAGGUAAAUUUUCUCUGGCUUCUCUUGUCAUCAAGCUUGUCUCUGGAAUGGGAUUGUUGACUUUAACAGCGACAAUUGUGGAUACGUUGGCUCUUUACGUACUUCCUGAUCGAUUUCGCUAUAGAAGUUAUGUUUAUGAAACAUCGCCUGUCCAUGAAAAAGAAAUUAAACAGGAUUAAUUGAAUAUUAAAAUUUUGUAAUUUAAUUGAAUAAAGAUGUAAUUUAUAAUAAGGAG